AUGAGUACUUUCAAAGUCCCAAAGUCAAAACAGAAGACCAAAAAGGAGCCUGGAAUACAAUCGGGGGAUCUUGUUCUCGUUCGCUUGCCGAACGGAGAAGUCAAGUCGGUGAAGGUCGAUAAAAAUUUGUCCGUUGUCAUUGGAAAAUUCGGUUCAUUCCAUGCCGAUGAACUUAUAGGUCAACCUUAUGGUCUAAAUUACGAAAUCGUGGACAAAAAAUUAAAGCUUUUACCUCCGCGCACUCUGGAAGAAUUUGAGGAUACCGACGCUACUAAUGAGUUGAUUAACGAUGGAGUAUUUGUCCAGCCCUUGACUGUGACCGAAAUUCAAGCACUAAAACAGUCAGGCGUACAUGCGUCUGACAUCAUCAAAAAGCAAAUCGAGCAGCAUGCAAAUUACUCUCUUAAGACAGAAUACAGUAAAGACAAGUACAAGAAACGCAAAGAGGCGAAAUAUUCCAAAACAUUCAGUACAAUUGAACCAACACUUUUCAAUGUUUGUGAAUACUGGUGGUUAAAGGAUCAAGUACGCCUACGUGACUUGCGGAUAGACUCACUAUCCCAAAUGCUGAACAUGGGCAACGUAAGACCUGGAGGAAGGCACCUUGCUGUUGAUGACGCUUCAGGAGUGCUAGUAGCAGGAAUACUUGAACGGAUGGGCGGUGAAGGGAAGCUCAUCACAAUAUGCCACACUGACUCCCCUCCUCCGUACCCCGUUGUCGAACAGAUGAAUUUUGACUCAUCAAUUACCGACGUCCUAAUAUCCCUCAAUUGGGCUACGGCUGAGGAAGACUAUACUCCCAUCCUUCCUCCAUCUGAGCUUCCAAUGGAAGAAGUGAGGUCUGAACGCCAAAAAAAUAGAUUAAAUAAAAGAAAAGCCAUCUCCGAUUUGUUGUCAAAUACACGAGAGGAGCUGUUCGCUGGCGAAUUUGACAGUCUUCUUAUAUCGACCGAAUACGAUCCAUUCUCUAUCGUGGAAAGACUAUCCCCUUACCUCGCAGGUUCAGCAUCGAUCGUUGUGCACAGUCCUUAUUCGCAAGUGGUCGUGGAACUACAAGCACAGAUGCGCCAUAUUCCUCAUUAUCUGUGUCCAACGGUAACAGAAGCAUGGACAAGGAAAUAUCAGGUUCUCCCUGGUAGAACCCAUCCGAUGAUGGCCAUGUCCGGUUCCGGAGGGUUCAUCCUACAGGCGACCAAAAUUUAUGAUGAUCCCACCGCUGAAGCCGCCCUAUUGCAGCGCAAACAGAAAAAGAGGCCAAAGCCCUCACCCGAAGCGCAAGAUGCUUCAGUUGUUACUGAACUAGCGACAGUCAUCAGUGAAUCGGAUAGCCAUGCUGACAUAGAAAUGAGGGUCGACUAG